UUCUCUCUCAUCAAUGUGUUUGUUCGCCGGAUACAUUGCCGGAGAAUUGGAUCACGAUGCUAUCUAUAGAACGGCGGAAAUGGUUGGUGUUGGUGGCGGCGAUAUGGAUACAGGCGUUCGCCGGUACCAAUUUCGACUUCCCCUCUUAUUCAACCCAAAUGAAAUCCACACUCAGGAUUGAUCAGGUGCAGCUCAUUUACCUUGCAAUGGCUUCCGACAUCGGUAAGUUGUUCGGCUGGUGCUCCGGCGUUCUUUUGUUGUAUUUUCCGACGUGGGUUGUGCUUUUCAUGGCUGCUUUCCUUGGUUUGUUCGGUUAUGGUCUUCAAUGGUUGAUUAUUCAGACACAAUUCUCUGUCCCCUAUUUCAUGAUGUUCAUUCUAUCAUUAUCAGCAGGUGGCAGCAUCCCCUGGUUCAACACAGUUUGUUUCGUCUUAAACAUAAACAACUUCCCCGAAAACUGGCCGCUUGCUGUAUCUUUAAGCGUUAGUUUCAAUGGAGUAACAGCAGCUUUAUACAAUCUCCUCGCAACUAAAUUAAGCCCGAACGAUAAAAGCACGUCUUACCUUCUUCUAAAUGCCGUUGUCCCUUUCAUUGUAGCCAUAGCAGCUUUAGGCCCGAUUCUCCAACAACCGGGCCCUCAAAAAGACCUUCAAACAGAUGAAACAGUCAUCAAAGAUGAUGCGCAUAUAUUCGUCUGUAUGUAUAUCUUAGCAGCCGUUACGGGCCUCUAUCUUUUCUUUCUAGAACCGAAGUCACAAAACAUAUUCAUUGGGUCGGUCUUGUUGAUAGCCCUUCCAUUACUCUUCCCAAACAUCGUUUAUCUUAUAAAGAAAGCGCACCGGGCUUAUUAUUCCAAACGACAACCCGUUAAAGGCCCGGAUUACAGUUUGGUUGAAUUUAAACAUCAUGCAGAAUUCCCUGAAGAAUGUUCGACUCCUGUGGUUGAUAAGAAUUCACGUGGUUGUUGUGUUUUUGAAAGAAUAAUUGAAACUGAUCGGUUAAAGGUGCUUGGUGAGGAACAUAGCGUUACACAUCUUUUGUCUCGAUGUGAUUUUUGGCUUUAUUAUAUCGCGUAUUUUUGUGGGGGUACUCUCGGGCUCGUUUACAGUAACAAUUUAGGGCAGAUUGUUCAGUCACUUGGAUAUAUUUCCAAGACGAAAGCACUUGUUACCGUCUAUUCUACGUGCUCGUUUUUCGGGCGUCUUCUUUCGGCUGCUGCGGAUUUGGUUGCCUGCUUUUACCACCAGACAUAUACAAGAAUGUAUAACAUUCGGACCGGGAGGCUAUCACUUGCACUCGUGCUAAUGCCUAUUGCCUUUCUUCUGCUAGUUCUAUCAGACAAAUUGACUGUUUUAAGUAUCGCCACCGGUUUGAUAGGAAUCUGCUCCGGGUUCUUAGUUUCAACCGCUGUUACAAUCACUUCCGAGCUUUUUGGUUCCGAAAGCUCAGGGAUUAAUCAUAACAUUGUCAUAACCAACAUCCCGUUAGGAUCGUUGUUAUAUGGCUAUACUGGAUCUCUAAUUUAUGUUGACCACAUCAGUCGGUUAAGAUAUGAGGAUCGUCUUGAUGAAAGAGCAACGGUAUGUUUUGGACGGACAUGUUAUUACCAUACAUUUAUAUUGUGGGGCUUCAUUUCUUUCAUAGGUUUGGCUUCUAGUAUUCUGCUCUUUUUAAGAACAAAACCGGCAUAUGUAAGAUAUAAUCAGAAGCAAGGAAGUAAACAGACUUCAACCGGUGAUGACUUCUAGAAGCUGUUGACUUUAUCUAUGUUGACUGUUACUGUGAAACUGGAAGAAUGAGAUAGGUAUAGAAAUUAGUGAUGUUCAAAUGAUGCAGAUCAGAAGGAAGCAGUCUAUGAAUUCAUAGGUAUAGGUUUGUGAAUCUGUUACAUAUAUGUAGUGUUGGUUAAUGUAUGCAUUUCUUUAUCAGUUAAUGAUUUUGACUAAAAAAGUCAAACUGUGAAUGAAAAAGAGUUUCCUGUUUUGUCUGAAAGAAUGAAAUUAAAAGUUCCAAAGGAA